AUGUCUUGUACUUCCACUGUCUUGCUAUCCCCAAACGGCUGCGUUUUGGCAUCUCCUAAGCCUCUUUGCAGAUUCCUCAGAAACUUUUCGUCUCCAUUGUUAGAGUUUCUUCCGAUGAUGAUCCUGAUUGUAAUGCUGAGGAAUGUGCUCCUGAUAAGGAGGAGGUCUUGCCCUUAUGGCCUUAUCGCAGUCGCUGCUGCUUCCUCUAUACUCCUCCAAGUCGGGAAAGAUGCCCCUGCUCGACCAAAAGCAGUGGAUUACAGUGGACCGUCUCUUAGCUACUACAGCAACAAGUUCAAGCCUUUGGAAACUGUUCAAGCUUCUGCCCCUUCCCUCACGGAAGCUCCACCGGUGGUUCAGCAAGAAACCAUGGCCAAUGAGUCUCAACUGGAGGAGGCGUCUUCUGUUCAGACAGCAAGUAGCAACUAAGGGAUUAGCCUAGGAUUCGGAUAUGUGUUGUGUAAAGAUGAAGUUAAGCCUAUAUAAUUAUAUGAUAUUAUGCAUUUUGUAAAGGUUUUGGACCUUCUAGGUGCUCUAUAGUCAUCUCCUUUGGUUUUCAAAAUGAAAACCAUUCGCCCUUAUUACUCUUAGGUCUACUUCUAUGGGUUUUGAGCUAAAACACGUUUACUGAAAAAAGUAUUGAAAAAGC